CCACCCGGCAGAUUUGUCGUACCUCAGAGCACAGAGGAGACCGGUCGUCCUCUCCUCCUCCCCGGACAUGUGGUGCACCCAGCCGCAGCCGCAGCAGCAGCAGCAGCAGUAGCAGCAGCGGCGGUAGCGGCGUGGCGCAGCCUCCUGCGUCUCCGGGGCUUUUUCCUCUUUCCCCCCCUUUUUUUUUUGUGUGCGUCCUUCGGUUAUGAGCUUGCUGGGGGCCUACAAGAAAAAGACCAGUUACGAUGGCUAUGAAUCUUUGCAGUUGGUCGAUAGCGGCGGGGAUAGCUUCAGCAUCGGCAGAGGGAGCAGCAGCGGCGGCGGCGGCGGCGGCGGAGGAGGAGGAGGAGGAGGAGGAGGAGGAAGCAGCGCACUCGGAGGCUCCAUAGGACCGAAGGCAGGCCCGCUGAGAGAGGAGAACUACAGCACCAUGGACAGCUCAGAUAUGGAUGCCGGUUACGGCGGGGGACUGCUGGAUAUGGUGAAAGGAGGGGCUGGGAAGUUCUUCAGCAACUUCAAGGAUAACUUGAAGGACACUAUUAAGGACACCUCCACCAAGGUCAUGAGUCAAGUUGCCACGUACACCAAAGGGGAGCUGGACAUUGCCUACAUAACAUCACGGAUCAUAGUGAUGACCUACCCAGCUGAGUCAGUGCAGAUUGGCUACCAGAACCAUGUGGAGGACAUCCGCUCCUUCCUGGACAGUCGCCAUGCCGACCACUACACUGUUUUCAACCUAUCACAGCGCAACUACCGGGGCGCCAAAUUCUCCAAUAGGGUUUCAGAGUGUAACUGGCCUUCACGCCAAGCUCCCAGCCUUCACAACCUGUUUGCUGUGUGCAAGAACAUGCACAACUGGCUCAAACAAAACCCCAAGAAUGUGUGUGUCAUCACCUGCUCGGAUGGUCGUGCUCCCUCCGGUGUUUUGGUCUGUGCCAUGUUCUGCUUCUGCCACCUCUUUAACAACCCAGUUCCUGCCAUGCAGCUGCUCAGCGCCAAAAGACCAGGAUCUGGUCUCUGGCCUUCACACCGCAGGUACAUAGGCUAUGUAUGUAGCAUGGUAUCAGAGAAACCCAGCCUCCCGCACUCUAAGCCCCUGAUGAUCAAGGCUCUCACGAUGAGUCCGGUACCCUGCUUCAACAAGCAGCGCAGCGGCUGUCGGCCCUUCUGCGACGUCCUCAUUGGAGAGACGAAGAUCUUCACUACUGCACAGGAAUAUGAACGGAUGAGAGAGCACAGGAUCCAGGAGGGGAAGGUAGUUUUCCCUUUGGGUGUGAGCGUUCAAGGUGAUGUUGUGGUUUCCAUCUAUCACAUGAGGUCGACCAUUGGAGGACGUCUGCAGGCCAAGGUGUCCAACACCCAGAUCUUCCAGAUUCAGUUCCACACUGGUUUCAUUGCUCCAGGAACCACCAUGCUGAAAUUUAACAAGCCCGAGCUCGAUGCGUGUGACUCUCCUGAGAAGUAUCCUCAACUGUUUCAUGUGAUACUGGACGUGGAGGUGGAAGGGGUGGAUAAGCAGAAAGACCUGACACCACCGUGGGAGCAGUUUCCCUGUAAAGACCUGAGUCCCAACGUGCUCUUCUCGUGCCACCAGGAACACCAAGACGCGCUGGCUAUUGCUGAACCAAGCCGACCCCAGGGAGGCCCAGACGGCCGGGGCCACGGCGAGGAGAGCGAGCCCUCAGAUGAUGAAAUGCUCUCUUUGUCCAGUCAGCGAAGCAGCACCAGUACAGCCCCUCCGAAACCGGACCCCCCAGCCCCGGCAGCUGCCCCCCCUGCACAGGCUGAGGAGGUGGAUCUCCUUGGCCUGGAUGCAGAGAUCAAACAGCCGUGCUCCUCGUCUCAGCCCACGACAGCGUCAGCAGCGGCAGCAGCCACUGACCUCCUCGGGGACUUAUUUGGAGCCCCUCCUCAGCCAACCAGUGGGGCUUCAUCUGCCCAGUCCACACCACAUAAAGUAGCCCCUACCACUGCCUCGCCAUGCCCCUCCCCCGCUCCCUCAGCAUUCGAUCCCUUUGGGACGGGUCCCAUGCCUAAGCCUCAGGACAUGAUGGGUUCAUUCCUUGGACCAGGUAAUGUGGGACAACCAGACCCUUUCCUGCAUGCUGCUCGCUCUCCAUCUCCCACGCUGCAGCCUACAGGUUUUGGUCGGAGUUCCCCCGUCCCGCCCACCACCCCAACCGUCAACAUUCAGCAGCAAAACGCCAUGGGAGGCUGGGACUGGAACAGACCUGCUACCACAAGUACAGCAGGCGGCUUUGGUAUGGGCAGCCGAUCAGCCACCACGAGUCCGACCAGCUCGGUCCACAGCACCCCCACCCAUCAAACCAAGCCAAACAGUCUGGAUCCAUUUGCCGACAUUGGAAACCUCGGGGGAAGCCUUGGAGGUUCUGGCUUCUCCAGCAAGCCCACCACACCAACGGGAACAACACCAGCCUUCCCUCCAAUGGGCUCCCCAUCGCGUCCACCUCCGUCUCCCCAGCACGCCGGAGGAUGGCAGCCUCAUGCAGGAGCUGGCUUUCCCUCGUGGCAGCCUGGAGCUGCAGGUGGUGGAGGGUGGCAAGCCCAAGGACAGGGUCCCACUCCGCAGCCAAAGCCCAGCCCCAGCCACACCUCCAUGCCCCACACAUCGCCCCAGAAUCGACCCAACUACAACGUCAGCUUCUCUCCAAUGGGUGGAGGCUCGCCCAGCGCGGGAGGCAAAGGACCAGCUGGAAUGGGUUCAAAGCCCAGAGCUUCAGAUGCCAACUUUGAUGAUCUGCUGUCUGGACAAGGCUUUGCUGGGACCAAAGAUAAAAAGGGACCGAGGACGAUAGCAGAGAUGAGGAAAGAGGAGAUGGCCAAAGAAAUGGACCCUGAGAAAAUAAAGAUUCUGGACUGGAUUGAGGGGAAGGAGCGUAACAUCCGUGCCCUGCUGUCCACCAUGCACACUGUGCUUUGGGAGGGGGAGACACGCUGGAAACCCGUGGGCAUGGCUGACCUGGUUACUCCAGAACAGGUUAAAAAGGUUUACCGCAAAGCAGUCCUAGUUGUUCAUCCAGAUAAGGCAACGGGACAACCAUAUGAACAAUACGCCAAGAUGAUUUUCAUGGAACUAAACGAUGCCUGGUCAGAAUUUGAAAGCCAAGGACAAAAAGCUCUCUACUGAGUAAAGAGUGAGCUGAAGUGAGGGAGGAGAAGAUAUCCCCACUAAUCCUGAAAGUGUUACAACCUCCGGUCAUCAAACUGCAGCCACACCCAACAUCGUCUGCCUUUAUACCUGUACUUAGAACCUCACUCAUGGCAAAGACUACAUAACAGACCCUCGUGCCCAGACGAAGAGUGUAACUGAGAAAGUUGUUCCCUGUAGCUCUAAUGUACCUACUGUAUGGAUGUGGUGCCGCACUGUCUUUCCUCUUGACACUCCUUAACCUCUGAUCCAACCCCCCGACCAAUCCAAGCCAUUAGUACGUCUAAAAAAUCAGAAGAAACACACUGGUGGAUUAAACUGAGCAAGCAUUUCACAGACUGCUCUGUAGAAGUUCAGAUAGUCUGUAAGGCACAAAAAGCAUUUAACAGCAUUCAAGCCAUUUGGAUUUUUUGCUUUGUACUAUGAAUGAAAAUUUGAUCAGUGACCUGUAUUACCAUUUCAGCUCCAUAAGUUUUCUCAUCCACUGGAAUGUGACUCCUAAUAAGAAACUAAUCAUCAUGCUGCAUUAGGUUGCUGUACCUUCAAGUGAACAUGGGCUGAAAUCAAGCAUGAAUUCAUUCCUAGAUAGGUUUGUAGGUACAAAAUAUCCAUUUAUCUAAUCUAGCUGUUGUGAAAGUGAGAAUUCCAGCAAAGUGCAAUUGCUGGUUUUGACUGAUACUUAGAUUAAAUGUGUCCUUUCAUCACCGUUAGUAUCAAAAUGUCUGCUUAAGGUACUAGAAUCCCACCCCCCAAAAACUUGCUGGAUUUUAAAGAUUGGGUUUUUACAGGGGAGAAAAAAAAAUACUUAAAAAAACGAUUAAUUUCCCGACAUAAAAUUCAUAUGCCAGCAACAAGACGCUGAAACAAAGUGAUGUUAUGUAGAAGAGUUUCUCAGUAUGUGUGAUAUAAUCAGCCCUUGUGUGUUUCCAAGUUUGCUGGGAACGAAGGAUUGUCUACUUAAAGAUGAGCACAUGUGCAGGUUCUUAAAUGACGCCUCACACACAAACAUACCAUGAUUGAUUUUUUUUUUUCAAAGGGAGAUCUGUGAUAGCACAAACGUGAUGAUGUGCAGCUUUGAAAGGUAUCCAUGUUCUUUUUUGAAUUCUAUUUAUUCAUUCAUUUUGUCCAUUUUCAUACCUGCUGUAAGUAGCUUUGCCUGAGUUUCGGAUGUCAUUUAAUGGUAAAACACGGGGGCUAAUAUGCUUAAUGCAUUAACUUAAGUGUGAAUAAAUUGCAAUAUUUUUUCUCCAAACUGCAGAAAUGACUGUAAUGUAAUGUAUCUAAUUGCAACCUCCAUACGAUGCAAUAAGAAUUGGGAUGAUCCUAUCAGUGUGCAUCAUAACUGUAUUGUCAUGUUG